AUGGCUACUUCGGACUCGGCAGCAGCGCUGGCGGACAGAGCGCUGGCGGACCUCUGUGAGGAGGAGCAACCGCCAGCGCCCGCCGACGACCAAUCUGGCAAGCCGCUAGGCGACCGCCUAGUGGCGACGGCGCCCGCGGUCCGCAAGGCCGCGUACCUGGAGCUGGCGGCGAUUCUCGGCGGGGAGAGCGGGCCGCCGGACGCGGAGGCGGCGGCGGAGCACGCCGACCACAUCCCGCGCCUGCUGGCGGACAGGGCGCCGAUCUGCCACGAGGGGGCGCUCGAUGCGACGAUCGCAUGGCUCGAGUAUGUCUCGCCCGAGGCGGUGGUAGGGGUGGCGGGCGCGGUGGCCAAGGCGCUGAUGGAGAAGCACGCGCCGGGCAAGUACCAGCCCAAGGCAAUCGCCGCCCUCCUCUCCCUCCUCCGGCGCGGAGGCGCGGAGCCAGUGCAGUCGGCGCUCGAGGCGGGCGUCAGGAGCAAGGCGCCAAAGACGUGUGCGGCGGCGCUCAAGGCGUCGGCGGAGGCGCUGCUAGAGUGCGGCGCGGCCGCCUUCGACGCCGGCCCGGUGGUCAAGCAGCUGCCAACGCUGCUGCAGCACCGCGACAAGAGUGUGCGUGACGCGGCGGCGGCGCUAGUCGGCGCGGUAAGGCACUGGCUCGGCGACGGCGCGCUACCACCUUUCGUUCCCCUUGCCGUCGCCCUUGCGCGCAUCUUCAGCCAGCUCAAGGGCGUGCCCGAGGAUCGACUCACCGCGUUGCGCGAGGCGCCGCUCCCGCCUACCAAGAAGCACCUCCUCCAGCGCCAGGGGUCGUCCGCUGCGGUGGUUGCUCCGCCGCCCAUGGCGAUGCCCCCCCUCGACCUGCUGGCCAAGCUGCCGAGGUCGAAGGGGAGCAAGGAGCCUGCCGACGCGUGGGAGACGCAGACCCUCUCCGACAAGUGGUCCGAGCGCAAGGCGCCGCGGCCAAACUCGCAACCUCUGACCACGCCCUCUGACCACACGCCCUCUGAAGCUCGCACCCGCUCCGCCCUACCGGGGCAGAGCUCGCUCAAGCCGGCCGGCCACGCCGACCACGCGCUGGUGCUGCGGCCGCUCAAGCGGCUCUACCAGGACGCCAACGUCAACGCCGCCCCGGCGCUCCUCAAGAGGGGCGCCGACAAGAAGGCGGUCGUGGCCGAGGCGGUGCGGGGCUGCCUCGCCGCACUCUCGACCGCCUCGUGCCUCACGCUGGCCGAGGCGGCCGAGCUCGCCCUCGCCGCCAUGAGCAGGAGCACAAACACGCAGCUCCGCUCGACCGCCGCGCGGUGGCUCGCGGCCGCCGUCUCCGCCGCCGAUGCCGAGGGCGUGGGGCGCGCCCUCGACGCCUUCGACGCGCCGCUGCAGCUGCUGGAAGAGGACGCGACGGCCGAGGUACGCGCCCUCGGGCUCGAGGCUGCGGCGGCCGUCGGCCGCAAGCUGCCCUCGGAGGCGGCAGUCGCGUGGGCCAGCAGCAAUCGGAAGGACGCGCCGCUAGCUUCGCCUCCGCCGGUCGUCGCUCCAGCCGCCGAGGUGGAGCUGAUGCAUGCCCUCGGCGUGCUCUCCGAUGGGGUAGCCUCCUCCCCCGAUGCCAUCGCCGACGUGCUGCCACCUCUCUGUGCGGCACUCUGCGUACGGCUGCGCUCCCUGCUCCGGUUCCAGUCGCAGGACGAGCCGAUGGAUGCGGCGUGCAAGCGCUCCGUCCAGCUGCUGGUCGACAUCGUCGGCAGCGAGCAGCUCGCCGGCGCGCUCGAGGCGCCCCUGAUCCGCCUCCUCGUGCUCGAGCUUACCGCACUCGACACCUUUUACGAGGCCCACCUCGCUACGGCGCUCGUGAACGUGACCGUGGCCCGCGUUUGA